UCUGAUGGGAUCAGCGAAGAGUUUUGGCCAACCCUCUCUGGGCUUAUUCCGCGACGUUUGACGUCACGUGAGCCGCCCGUGUCCGUUCCAUCUGAGCUGGAAGACUAGGACGACGGCUUCACAUACACACACACACAAACAGAACACAACACACACCGCUGUGCCCGUGACUGGAGCCAUCGGAUGCAAAUGAGAAAGAGUACAGACAGAGAAGGAGGAAACGACCCACUCCCACCACACUCGGUCCCUCCUCCCACUUCCACGCGACGGACAAGUGAGCGCGAGCCCAGAGAGGAGAAACAUCAACUUGUCAUUUGAACGCCAACGACACUCGUCGAUUUCUCAUCUUUUUCUUUCUCCGUCCACAUCGAUCCACACUUUCUUUUGGAGACUUUUCAACAAGAUUGAUCGCUUUAUUUUGAAUCAAGAACUGGAUAUCAUUUUCCAUUAAUGCUCGCAAUUUUACGUUUUGCAUUGUUUUUUCACCCUUACACCACGUAAUGUGGUGAGAUUUUCCACUCAGCUGAUCCUCCCACACUGCACUGAGAACAACUUGGAUAUCCCCCCACCUCCGAGGAGUGCAAUGGAAUACUUGGAGGCAAACAUUUUUGCAAGGAAAUAAAAGGGAGGCUGCUUGUCAUUUCAUCAAAAAAGUCAUCCAAACUCGUAUUGGUAGCUCCUGUGGUCAUCUACCCUAGCCCCUCCCAAGUACACCCCCCUCCCACCUCCACCUCACAGGUGUUUCUUCGUGACUCCUCAAAACCCCCCCAGCACCCCACCUGUCUGGCCCAGGAUGUCCAGGCAGCUCACACAGCUCCCCACUCCGGACCUGCCCGCAGGCGCUAGCCCACAGUUUGGGAGUUGUACCCAGCCGGCGGUUUCCCUCACCGGGGGGCACCUCAACUCCAUGACGGGUCUCAAAUCCCUCCUGCAACAUCCCAUGAAGGCGGACCAGCGCUUGAGAAGCCCCUGUGAUCUCAAAGACAAAGAAAGAUCAAUGGACAUGGAUGAAGACUCUAUGGGAGUGUGCUCCAUGAGGAACACGUCUGGAAUAGGCAACGGCGGCAACGGCGGCAGUGGCGGCAGCACCGGAUGCAAUGGCGGAAGUACAGGCGGCAACGGAGGGGGCAACUUCAAUCAGUUCCUCGGCCCUCUCUUGUGGGAUCGCACCCUCCCAGCGGACGGUGGCCUCUUCCAACUGCAGUACAUGGACUUGGAGGAAUUUCUGACCGAAAACGGAAUGGGCAGUAUGCACAGCAACAACAGCUCCAGUUCGGCCCAGAUCCCCUCUCAGAGCUCCCAGUCGGCUGUGCCCAACCAGAGCUCCCAGUGCCUACCGCCCCCAUCCCCGCCUGGCUCUUCAUCGCCGUCGCCCUCGUCUUCGUCCUCGCCGUCCCUGAUCGGUUUGGAGGUGGCGCAGCCGCCGAGCCUCACCGGAGGAAACGACUGCCUUCACGGGAGCCAGACGAGUAUGAACGAAUCGUGCGAGUCGCCAUCCUCUAUGUCCUCCUCGCCGUCGUCCUCGUGCCCGCCGUUGCUGACGCCCACGAGCGCUGGGCCGGAUGCAGUAGGAAUCUUCGAUAUGGAUCCGUCAGAUGUCGUUUUGUCCAACGGCCCAGGCCAGCAGAACUUUGACCCCAGGCAGACUUUCAGCGAAGAGGAACUGAAGCCGCAGCCCAUGGUGAAGAAGGCACGCAAGAUCCUGGUGCCUGAUAACAUGAAGGACGAGAAAUACUGGAGCAGGAGAUACAAGAACAACGAAGCGGCAAAGCGCUCGCGGGACGCGCGGCGCCUCAAGGAGAACCAAAUUUCGGUGCGCGCCGCCUACCUGGAACGAGAGAACGCCGCCCUGCGGCAGGAAGUGGCCGAGAUGCGCAAGGAACUGGGCCGCUGCCGUAACAUCCUGAGCAAAUAUGAGAACCGUCUGGGCGACCAGUGAUGCAGCAAGAAGAGGAAGACGCAGAGUGAAAUAAGUUGGAUUCCUUUGUGAGACUUUGAAAUUUUGGAUUUUGGUGGGAUGGACAAGUCUGGAAUCGCGAUGAUGACGAUGACGACGACGAUGAUGAUGAUUUUGAAUGUAUGAGGAGGAGGAAGGCUUGCGUUCCGCAGCUCAGGUGUUAUGUUUUUGUUGAGCUCUUAAACGUGACAGAGGGAGAGAAUAAUUUAACAGAUGUGACUUUUAAGGGUUUUGCUAUCGGAGAAUUGUAUAUUUUUAUAAUACUUCAGAAAACAAUUAGAAGGAGAGUAGAAAUUUGGAGAAUAAUUUUGUAUAUUUUCUACAUGACUAGAGACGGGAGAACGCUAUCUUACCUAACGGGGUCAGCCAUGGAUGGGUGUUUUUUUUUUUUGGACUCCUUGAUUAACGUCGGGACGCUGCGGCGAGGGCGAGGAUGCGUGUAACAAUUGUACUAUAGAGAGCCUAAAUGAUCUUCAUGUCGUAUAGUUCAACAUUUUUGUGGAUUUUACUUAUGCAAGCAACGCAAGCACUUAUGUUUCGUUUUUUUUUUUAUUUACCCUCCUUGUGUCCCCACCCCAUCCUCUUUAUAUUUUGGACAUCCAAGACAUCUUCCAAAAAAAGGUUGAAUAGACAAUUGUCUGUAAUUAUAAUCUCCUUAACGACCCAGGCUAAUUCUGUCCGACUUGUGAAAGUCGUCGUGAUGCUGCUUCUACUUUUACUCCUUUCAUUCCUUUUUUUUUUAUGAUAAGGUUUCCCCUUUAUUUCUUUACCUCAACGCUCCUGGAAGUGAACACUAAAACUUUUACCUUUUUUUCCUUUGAAAGCUUCGUUAUCCUUACAUAGGGAAAGUAAAAAAUGAGUGCAGGAUUUUAACCCAGCCAAUCAGCAAACAUAAGUCAUUCAAAAAGAAAAAUAUGACAAUUUUUUGUCAUUCUAACUAUUUUUACAGCUCAGACUAUUUUUAAAAAGGGAUUUCCAAGGAGAAACAUUUUUGCUAUCUUCACGGAUGGCUUUUCAGGAGUCGAAAUUGUCGCUCGGUGUUAUUGGAAGGGUCUUUGCUAUUUUGUGCAUAUUUUUUCCUGAAGAUAUGUCUCAGAUUUCAAGCCACGAUUGCUUUCCUAUUUCUUGAUUUUAUUUCCCCUCCUUGACUUUGUACUGCAUCUAUUAAGCUCUCUGUACCAACAACAUGUUCAGCGCGACAACUCGAGAGUGUGAUUGUAAUCCCUGUCAUGAUAAUCACCAUUACUGCUAUUAUUCUUCUUGUUAUGAUUAUUAUGAGGAUGAUCCCUGUUAUUGUUGUUCUUCUGUAUUAACGACUGUUUUUCUUCCUUUGGAUGAAAGUGAUGCACCUUGAUACCCCCGUCCCCCCCUAAAAAUAGAAAGACUGAGCUUCUCAUUCUUUGGUAUUCUUCAACGUGGCCCACAGACACUACUGCUUGAACGGAGCCCACCAUUGUGUCCCCUCACCCCAAGAAACUUGCCUUUCUUUCCAGGAUGAGCUCGAGCUCCUCACGAACCCGGUGGACUAUGCACGCCAUCGCCCUUUGGUUGCUUUUCUUUCAGCCUUUCUCACCUACGUCAAGUGAUUGUUUGCGCUCUCCCAACAGGACUGUUCUUGAGAUCCUUACAGAUGUCUUUUAUCAAUCUUUAGAGUUACUCUAAUGGAACUACACCCCCCUCAUCCUGUGACAUCAGCGGGCUACGACCCACUAUGUGCUGGUUCUUUGGAUGUAGUUGAGAUUUCCCCAGAAUUACACCAAUAAAAGCUUAUUCUCAUUCACCAA